AUGACAAUGAAGCUGGAUCAUCUCAUGCUCCUCCAGUUUGGGAAAGCACUUCUGACCAAGGAAAAUGUUGAUGCAACUGGGCCAUUUGGUCCAUAUUCGGCUGGUCAGAGUAGUGAUGCACAAGUCGACCCGAAGGACACUUUGGACAGAGGCACUAACGCCGGAUCAGGUUUCCAGACAGGUGUGACUUUACCAAGUGAGGACAGUGGUGAGGAAGGUGAAGUUCAGUCAACACCAGAAGGUUUUUCCCCCAAGACACCAUUUCUUGGCAUGAAAUUUGACACCUGGGAAGUUGCUCUGUCACAUUACAAUAGAGCCCAACAUAGUGAAGAGCGCAAAAUCAAAGACAUCCCUGAGUUGUUGAAAUACUUUGAGAAGCUAAAAGAGGAUGAUCCUAGGUUUUAUUAUGACUACAAGCUAGACGAUGACAAUAGGGUUGAGAACAUCUUUUGGGUUGAUGGUGCAGCCGGAGAUGUGUACAAGCUGUACAAUGAUUGCAUAUCGUUUGACACAACCUUCAUGACUAAUCAGUAUAACAUGCCUUGCGCACCAUUCAUUGGAAUCAAUAGAUAUGGCCAGUCCAUACAGCUUGGCUGUGGUUUUCUGAGGAAUGAGAGGGUUGCGAACUUUGAGUGGCUAUUCCGGACAUUCUUAGUAGCAAUGGAUGGUUUGCACCCUCUGAACAUCAUUACUGACCAGGAUAUGGCAUAUCAUGCAGAAGGUUCAGGAAAAAUUGGUCCUAUGGCAGCCAAAAGAGAAGACUUGAGAAGAGAUUUCAAUGAUGUUAUUGACUAUAGUGUUACUGAAGAAGAAUUUGAAACUAGUUGGGCUGAGAUGAUCCAAAAACAUGAUGUUGUUGAUAAUGAUCAUUUCAAGGACAUCUAUGAACUAAGGAAAUGUUUUGUUCCUGCUUAUUUCAUGAAGCGCUUUUUCCCAUUCUUGCAAACAACAGCUCGCAGUGAAGGGUUUAAUGCUGUUUUGAAGCAGUACAUACACCCACGCGAAAGCCUACUUAGUUUCUUCAAGCAGUACAUGAAAUUACAAGAGAAGAUUGAUUCUGCUGAGGAUGGGCAUGAUUUCAUGGGAAUGGACAAAGUUGUCAGGUUGUGGGGAGAUUUUCCAAUGGAGGAUCAAAAUUUGCAAACCUACACUCUACCCAUCUACAACAUUUUCCAGCUGGAGUUGCGGAAGAUAACAUCCUACAAUGCUAGGGACUGUGGUGGUGGUGUGUUUGAGGUUUUCCCAGUGCAAGGUACUGUCUAUGGUUAUGGCAGAAGAACCUAUGUGGUUGACGUUGACCUUGAAAAUCUCAUGUACAACUGCCAGUGCUGCAAGUUUUACAAGGAUGGAAUUCUUUGUUGCCACAUUAUGAAAGUAAUGUCUUACAUUGGUGAAGUGCGAGAGAUACCUGAGCACUACAUUCUACCUAGGUGGUCCCUACCCCCUCCUGAUAUUGUUCCAUCCAUUGUCGAGCCAGUAUAG